UACCUGGAACAGGGAGUGAUGUCAGCUCCCAGCUCCCAGCCUUCCCGGAUUCCUGACAUGGUGCGAGAGAGAGAGAGGGUGGGAAAGCCCAGGAAGGAGAAGCAAAGGGAUUAAUGUUUUGCAAGCCAGGAGAGAACCAGAGUGCAGAGCUUAUGAACCCUCAGGGGAAGUGAACUAGAAGUUUUGCAGCAGUGCUGGCGAUUUUACACCCAGCUCAUUGUGAAGAGUUUAUGGAUUAAUUUAUUAAUCAUCUUCAAGAUCCACAGAGCCCUGGCAAAGAUCAAGUAUUAAAGUCCUUUUUUGGAAUAUUGAGAUUGUGACCUCACUCUCCAUUUGCAAAACUAGAAAAUGAUGAGCGAUGCCAGCGAUAUGCUGGCGGCUGCUUUGGAGCAGAUGGAUGGUAUCAUAGCAGGUUCUAAGGCCUUGGAAUAUUCUAAUGGGAUUUUUGAUUGUCAAUCUCCAACCUCCCCAUUCAUGGGAAGCUUGAGAGCCUUACAUCUGGUGGAAGAUCUUCGUGGCUUGUUGGAGAUGAUGGAAACGGAUGAGAAGGAAGGUUUGAGAUGUCAAGUCCCUGACUCAACAGCAGAAACUCUGAUUGAAUGGCUUCAGAGUCAAAUGACCAAUGGACGUAUAUCUGGAAAUGGAGAUGUAUAUCAAGAAAGGCUAGCACGUUUAGAAAAUGAUAAAGAAUCUCUGGUUCUACAGGUAAGCGUAUUAACAGAUCAGGUGGAAGCUCAGGGAGAAAAGAUUCGUGAUUUGGAGUUUUGUCUUGAAGAGCACAGAGAGAAAUUAAAUGCUACGGAAGAAAUGUUACAGCAGGAACUUCUGAGUAGAACAUCUCUAGAAACUCAGAAAUUGGACCUCAUGGCUGAAGUAUCUAACUUAAAGCUAAAAUUGACUUCUGUAGAGAAGGACAGAUUAGACUACGAAGAUAGGUUCAGAGACACAGAGGGCUUAAUGCAGGAAAUUAAUGAUUUGAGAUUAAGAGUUGGUGAAAUGGACAGUGAGAGACUUCAAUAUGAGAAAAAGCUUAAAUCUACCAAAUCUUUAAUGGCCAAACUUUCUAGCAUGAAAAUCAAGGUGGGGCAGAUGCAGUAUGAAAAGCAGCGGCUGGAACAAAAAUGCCAGACAUUAAAGGAUGAACUUACAUCUUUAAAAGAACAGCUGGAAGAAAAAGAAUCUGAAGUAAAAAGAUUACAAGAGAAACUGGUUUGCAAAAUGAAAGGAGAAGGAAUUGAAGUGAUUGAUAGAGAUGAAAACUGUAAAAAGAAGCUCAAAGAAAAAAAUAUCGAAGUACAGAAAAUGAAAAAAUCCAUGGAGUCCCUGAUGGCAGCCAAUGAAGAAAAGGAUCGAAAAAUUGAAGAUCUUAGACAAUGUUUAAGCAGAUACAAGAAAGUACAGGAUAUGGUGAUACUGUCUCAAGGAAAAAAAGGCAAAGAAGGUGAAUAUGAAGAAUUACCUAGCUCAAUUUCGGCCUUGCUGGAAAUGCAGAGUGUCAGUGAUCUGGAGAAAAGUCCACCUCCUACUCCACUUACAGGAUCUCCCAGCCAUGAUGUAUUGAACACAAGUGUUCCAGAAGAGCUCCAUAUGAGCAUCUUGCAAGUUUCAAUGCCUUCAUUUUCAACAAUAUCCAAAGAUUUAGAAACAUCUGACAAGUCAAAAUCUCCACCCAGAUCAGAGACUUCAGCUGAUAUGAAUGAUGCUGAAGUGCAACUUUGUGAUAAUCUGUUAUCUUCAACUCUGAAAAAAUCCAGCAGUCUCGGCAAUCUGAAGAAAGAAGAACCUGAUACGGAAAAGGAGCCUCUUCAGAAGCCUCCAGAGACAGUACCUCCUGGGCAAAUCAGCAAAUUUGGAAGCCUCCCUCCCAAAGUCCAAGGACCUGGCCCUUCAGCAGAUGACAAUGCGUUUGGCACAAGAAAGGCCCGAUCCUCCUUUGGACGGGGCUUUUUUAAGAUUAAAAACAACAAGAGGACAGCAAGUGCACCAAACCUGGAUCGUAGCCGAAGUGCCAGUGCACCUACGUUAGCUGAAACAGAAAAGGAAACUGCAGAGGACCCAGCUCUGGCUGGCUUAUCUUCCUUAGGAAAGGAUGGAGAGUGCACCAGUCCCUUCCAGAUAUCUCCACCUUCUCCAGACUCCAGAAAGAAAUCCAGGGGCAUCAUGAAGUUAUUUGGAAAACUUAGGAGGAGCCAGUCUACCACUUUCAAUCCAGAUGAUAUGUCUGAGCCAGAGUUCAAAAGAGGAGGAACAAGGGCAACUGCUGGGCCCCGUCUGGGUUGGUCUAGAGAUCUAGGACAAUCUAACAGUGACUUGGAUAUGCCAUUUGCCAAAUGGACAAAAGAGCAGGUUUGCAACUGGCUCCUGGACCAAGGAUUAGGUUCAUACAUGAAUUCAGGCAAACACUGGAUUGCAUCUGGGCAAACUCUCUUGCAGGCUUCUCAGCAAGAUCUGGAAAAGGAACUAGGAAUUAAACAUUCGCUUCAUCGAAAGAAGCUACAGCUAGCUCUGCAAGCCCUGGGAUCUGAAGAGGAAACUAAUCAUGGAAAGCUGGAUUUCAACUGGGUUACCAGGUGGUUGGAUGACAUUGGUCUUCCCCAAUAUAAGACCCAGUUUGAUGAAGGAAGGGUAGAUGGUCGGAUGCUACAUUAUAUGACUGUGGAUGAUUUGUUGUCUUUGAAGGUUGUUAGUGUGCUACACCAUCUUAGUAUCAAAAGAGCCAUCCAGGUUCUAAGGAUAAAUAACUUUGAACCCAACUGUCUACGGAGGCGACCAUCAGAUGAGAAUAAUAUCACUCCCUCGGAAGUUUCUCAAUGGACCAAUCAUCGAGUGAUGGAAUGGCUACGUUCUGUAGAUUUAGCAGAGUAUGCACCAAAUUUGAGAGGGAGUGGUGUGCAUGGUGGACUCAUGGUUCUGGAGCCUCGUUUUAAUGUUGAAACAAUGGCUCAGUUGUUAAACAUUCCAUCAAAUAAAACACUGUUGAGACGACAUCUGGCCACCCAUUUCAACUUAUUGAUUGGUGUUGAGGCUCAACGUCAGAAGCGUGAAGUGAUGGAGUCAUCAGAUUAUGUGCUUCUAACAGCCACCGCCAAAGUGAAACCAAAGAAACUCACCUUUAGCAAUUUUGGGAAUCUAAGAAAAAAGAAACAAGAAGAUAUGGAGGAAUAUAUAUGCCCAAUGGAACUGGGACAGGCAUCAAGAAAUGCAGCCAAGAAAGGAUAUAGUUCUGGUUUGGACAUUGGUCUUUAUGAUGACGACGAUUUGGACCGACUAGAACAGAUGGAAGAUUCAGAAGGAACAGUAAGGCAAAUUGGGGCAUUUUCAGAAGGCAUCAACAAUUUAACACACAUGUUAAAAGAAGAUGACAUGUUUAAAGACUUUGCCACACGUUCUCCUAGUGCUAGCAUUACGGAUGAAGACUCCAAUGUGUGACAGUUACAGCUGGGUCCCCAUUAGGAGUCCUCUUUUCUGUCCUGUUUCAGAAACAC